UCUCUCUAACAAAAACACAUAAUCUGGUUGUGUUGAACCUUCAGAUUUUGUGUAUUGCAGGCAUACUUAUAUAUAUAUAUAUAUAUAUAUAUAUAGAUACAGAGAUCUAUAUGUAUAUGUAUAGAUGACCAUGAUGAUUGAUAGUGACCAUGCAGGCAUGAUGAAGGUAGAGUUUUCGAAGCCAAAAAGAAAGCAUUUUGGAAGAAAUAACAGCAAUUACUCAAAGGAGGAAGAAGAAGAAGGAGGAGGAGUUGUGAUGCAUAAUAAAGUUGUGGAUUUGAGUGGAAAGUGUUUGGAGAGUCUUCCUCUAACUUCUAAUCUCAAUUUGGGGGUCAUUUACAAGUUGGACAUCUCCAACAACAAUCUCCAGGUAAUUCCAGAGUCAUUAACAGCAAGACUAUUAAAUGUAGGGGUGUUGGAUGUACAUUCAAAUCAACUCAAAACACUCCCAAAUUCAAUCGGUUGUUUGUCAAAACUCAAGACCCUUAACAUUUCUGGUAACCAUCUUCAGUCCCUCCCCAAAACCAUCGAAAAUUGCAGAGCAUUAGAAGAUUUAAAUGCGAAUUUCAAUCAGUUGACGAGAUUACCAGACACUAUUGGAUUUGAACUCAUCAACCUAAAGAAGCUUGCGGUUAACUCAAACAAGUUGACCAUCCUCCCGUCAUCAACCUCCCACUUAACCAAUCUCCGCCACCUUGACGCCCGUCUCAACCACCUCCACUCCCUCCCUGAAGAUCUUGAAAACCUAAUCAACCUGGAAAUUCUCAAUAUCAGCCAAAACUUCCAAUACCUCGCUGCUUUGCCCUACUCCUUAGGUGUCCUUAUCUCACUGGUCGAAUUGGAUGUUAGUUACAACAAGAUCAGCGCUUUACCUCACUCCAUGGGUUGUUUGAAAAGACUUCGAAAGCUUAAUGUGGAAGGGAACCCUUUGGUGUCACCGCCACCAGAGGUGGUGGAGCUAGGGUUACAUGUGAUUAAAGAGUAUCUCAGCGAGAAGAUGAACGGGGCCCAUCAAAACUCUCCAAAGAAGAGGUCGUGGAUCGGGAAACUAAGGAAAUAUGGAACGUUUAAUGGGUCUCGCAUGACACAAGUGGAGAGAGAAGGAUACUUGAUGCCUGGCUAUCGAACGGUUGAUGGACUUGCUUCCCCUAGGUACAUGGGCAUGUUCUCCCCUCGACGAAUUUUCUCUCCGAAGAAUUACUUUACAAGAUGAAUCUCUAAGAUUCUUAUAAGUCAUUUUUAUAGAAUAAAUAAGAGACUUGUUUUAUAGUGUUUUGAAACAAUCCUACAUGUCCAUAUGUACAUAUGCAUGAAGAGUUCAAACAGAUAUUUCUUCCCUUUUUUCCU